CAGCAACAGACGCUUAUGCAAAGGCAAGAAUUCCGCUUUUAUGCUAAUUAUCACUCUUAUUUGACAUAAUUGACGACUAAAACGGUAACAGUUUUGUUAUAAUUAUCGAAUGGCAGCAUUUGGACAUGAAUUUGAGAGGGAAGGUGACAGUCUUGUGUUCACUGGAUUAAAAGACAGCAAUCAUGUCUUUUAGAGAUCUGAGAAAUUUUACAGAGAUGAUGCGAGCGCUCGGCUAUCCUCGUCUCAUCUCCAUGGAAAACUUCAGAUCUCCAAACUUUCCUUUAGUAGCUGAAAUUCUCAUCUGGCUUGUCAAGAGAUAUGAACCUCAGAUGGAAAUUCCCAGUGAUGUUGAGACCGAGUCAGACAGGGUGUUUUUCAUCAAAGCUGUGGCCCAAUUCAUGGCCACCAAGGCUCAUGUGAAGCUGAAUCUCAAGCGUCUAUAUCAGGCAGAUGGUUACGCUGUGAAAGAGAUGCUGAAAAUCACCAGCAUCCUCUAUAAUGCCAUGAAAACCAAAGAGAACGCCAGUGGUGACCAGAACAAUGACGAAAACAGCAAGUUCAAGUUUGAUCUGGGGUCAAAGAUAGCUGAUUUAAAGGUGGCUCGUCAGCUGGGAUCUGAAAUUACAGCAAAGGGAGCAGCUCUGUUUGACCUGCUGGGGCACGAAGAGGACCUGAGAGAGAGCAGGACGGCUGCAAUAGCCCGACCGCUGGAGGUCACUGAGACAGAGAGAGCCUUGAGAGCGGCCGUCAAAGACGUUACGGAGAGCAUCCAAAUGACGAAGGAUCUGCUCAAUAACGUAUCAUCAGAUGAGGCCAGUCUGGAGGCCAAAAUUGAGAAGAAGAAACAGGACCUGGAGAGAAACCAGAAGCGUUUACAAACUCUACAGAGCGUUCGUCCAGCUUUUAUGGAUGAAUACGAGAAGAUCGAGGAGGACUUGCAGAAACAGUACCAGACGUAUGUGGAGAAAUUCCGUAACCUCAGCUUCCUGGAGCAGCAGCUAGACGACUAUCACAGAGCCGAGCAGGAACGCUUCGAGGAAGCAGAAAUGACAAUGAAAAUGAGACAAAACAAAUUAAAAGAGGAGGAGAAGAGACUCAUGAGGAGUGGAGCAAAAGAUGAAGACUCAGAUGUGGACAUACCAGAGGAUGAAGGAUCUGACAGCGACAUAGAUGACGGACAGCAGCCCAGAGCGCACCCCGCACGACACGCCCAGAUAUCAGGUCGAGGUGGCGCUCGAUUCAUUGGCAGUAUGAGGGGAGAAGACAGUGAAGAGCCCAGCGUAAAGGAGCGAACUCGUCUAUCCGGCAGCGGCCGGAAGCAAAAGAGAAGAAAGGUGGUGUGUGUGUGUGUUAUUUAUAUACUAGGAAGUGGAUUUUUAUAUACAAGGACGAUAACUAUAACAAAUAUAUCUGCGAGCAGCAUUUAUCGGGGUUCAAUCGCUUUAAGGCCUUUAAGCACAUGUGUAAAAAGGUAUUAUGUUUUAAUUAGUAAGCCUGUAACCAACUUAAUCAAAGAUGGAAAAGACCAUUUACAGCCAAUACAGGCAAUUUACCAUAGAAAAUAUAUAGUUUUAAAAGCUUUUUAACAGUUAUCGAGGUUGAGCCAGACACCUUGGACUAGUUCGCCAAAGUUUGUUUUUGAAGUAGGUGGACAGAGGCGGUUCUAGAGGCAAAGUUGCUCAGAAUGAGGAGUUCUGCAUGGCUGAAUCCCAAAUGGCACACUUCUAUGCACUUUUGGACUUACAAUGGCUGCCGCGUGUGCAUGUCCGUUAAGUCCACGAGACCGUAGCGUGUCCCAUUCAUACAUUUUUCUAUAGAGCUCGAGCAUUUAAAGUGGCAGACGACAAAACUGCAGUGUGUGCUUAUAAACAGAAUGAUGUGCGCUGGUGUGGAUGCUAAUAUAUUUAUCGUUAUAGUUAUUAUUCUUUGUGUGAACAGGCCUUUAGAGUAUUUAUUAAUAUUUUGGUCAUAGUUUAUGUUUUUCAUUUAAUAUUUAUAUUUUAUAAAAAUAGCUUUAUUUCAAUUAACAAAAUUGAUUUUUUUUUUUUUUUUUUUUUUAGUUAAUAACAAAAUUGGUGUGUGAGUGUGAACUCCUGGAUGUUCUUAUAAUUACUAAUUCUAAUAAUUCUGAAUUAGGGAUAUUGAUUGAGCCUCGUUCCAGUGACCAUCCACUGACCGCUGUGUGCGUCUUCUGUUUUAUAAUUCACAAUGUGCUUU